AUGAGCAGGAUUACUGUUGACGUUGAUUCGAGUCGCGGGAAAAUGGCAGUGAAAAGAAAUCUUUUCGGCACUAUAGAUCAUGAACAGAUUCAAGAGGAUUUAAGGCGAGAGAUGAAGCUCAUCUCGGAAGAAAAAAAGCGUAAGUGGAAUUUUGACUUUGAAAAUUUUAAACCGCUUCAUGGACGCUACAAGUGGGAACGAGUUCACGGCCGACUCCAGACGCGAAAGUCGCCAACAGAAAUGAACCCGCCUUUACUUGCAACAACAGAAGCGGGACCUGCAACAGAAGGUGUUUGUCAUCAGAGAUCUGUUGAUCCCACGGGGGUUACAACAAGAUAUAACUUAAGAAUGAGAGGAAAAGGACUUGAAAAUAUCGACGCUUUCAACUUUCAAUCUAUCGAUCCCUCGCGAGAGCAACUCCGGGAUUUUGGAGCUACUCCAUCCGAAAAUAGAUGCGGAGGUAAAUUAAUAGUGAUGUUACAAGAUUACUAGACUAUCAGAUUAUUAGAUUUCUCUUUUAGAAAAUAGUAACAAAGGGUUGAUGUUUCUUUUUUAGGGAAUUAUGAAAGCAAGACAAAUGCUAAAGGAAGGAAGGCUACAUCCUCACUUGUCAAAGUCCGCAGACAACGAAAGAAAAGAAACGGGAAAAAUCCACCGUAA